AUGAAGAAGGAAUGUUUUAUCCCCCACGAUACGGUUAGUGGUAUACGAAGAAUCUACUAUCCGUUUCACCCCGACCGUUCGUUCCGGGGGGCGCAGAUGCACAUGCAACACCCGGAAGAAUGUCAGGAAUGCUUGGACAGCGAAGUUCAACAGUAUGACGCUAGCUAUGAAAAGUUUCAAUUCUUAGUGAUUACCAUCCGACACGAUCUCUACACCUUGGAAAAGCGUGUCGAUGACGAGUUCGGUGAUGGAACAGCGGAAAAACCCUUCAAAACAAUCCUACAAGCCAUGAAGCACGCCGGCAAGGAACCUUUCCCAAGAAUUUAUGUAAACGCUAAGGAUGCAAAAUCGGAAUCACCCUACGAACUAGUAGCCAAAUCUCAGCUCAAGAAAAUUCUUGAAAAGCGUUCUCAGCGAUACCUUGUGUCAGAGGUUCCAGAAGGCGAAAAUACUUCUAAGAUUCUCAAGAUGAGAGAUGUCAUUAUGAUGGCAUUUAGGGAGCAUUAUCAUGAACGUGGUUACACGGAGGUAACGCCGCCGACGCUGGUGCAAACACAAGUUGAAGGAGGGUCGACUCUGUUCAAACUGGACUAUUUUAGGGCGGAAGCAUUCCUGACGCAAAGCUCACAAAAAUAUAUGGAAACCUGUUUGCCGGCAUUGGGCGACUAUUGCAUUUCUCAAAGUUACCGUGCAGAGCAGAGUCUUGCUCGCCGUGAUUUAGCAGAAUACAGUUAUAUUGAGGGUGAAUGUCUCUUUAUUACUUUCAAAGAGCUACUUGAUCGGCUGGAAGAUUUGAUAGUAGAUGUUGUCGAUCGAGUAUUGAAAUCUCCGUGGGGUCAUCUUAACCCGAAUUUUAUGCCACCGAACUAUGUCGAUGCUAUUGACUGGCUAAAGGAGAACAACGUCACCAAGAAUGAUGGAACUUUUUAUGAGUUUGGCGAUGAUAUUCCGGAGGGUCCGGAACGAAAAAUGACGGAGCAAAUAAACGAACCAAUAAUGCUGUGCCGGUUUCCCGCGAAAAUUAAAUCAUUUUACAUGUCUAGAUGUGAAGACGAUCGCCGAUUAAUUGUCGGAGGUCGAUUUCUCUGA